UUUUCGGGCGGCGCAGUUCAUGCGACUGUCCAUAUUCCGAUCCUCCCUUUGUACACGGCAGAUAUGUUUUUGGGUCCGAUAAAAUUGCACAUGAUUCGAAUUCCUCGUAUAUGCCAGCUUUUGGAAGACAUUCCCGAAGAGGAAAACAUUGGCAUUUUAAUGAAAUUUGAAAAUGUUUACGAGUCUGCCCCCAAAAAACGAGGACUGAUAAGCUUACUGUUAACUUACAACUCACCUCCGUCACCACUAUAUCUACCCGAGGACGAGAAACAGUUUGUGCGGAGCGCGUCCGCAUGGACGUCUCCGUCUGGAGACCAGUUUCAGUCUCGGUCUCGUAAGAUCAGUACCCCAAUUAGGUUACCCCAAAGAAACCAAACAUUUACGCCUGGCCAAUUGAACUCGCAGUCUUCCUUGUACGCAGUGCCCGAGGGUCGCUCAAGUUCCAACAAACUUACUCUGCGGAAUUUAUCUAAAACACGGCUCUCCAAACGCUCACCGUCAAGUAGUAGUUUUUUAUACGUCAGUACGCCAUAUCAUGGAAGUACAUUGUCGUUCCAACCAAAAGAAUUCUCCUCCCAUUUGUCCAUUCGCUCUGUGGGUAGUAGUGGAAUAGGAGGUGCUAGCGGCGACUCGGCCAGACAAGAUGGCGCUCAUACUGACGUCGAAAGCCGAGGAAAAGAUCAGUAUCAACAACGAUCGAAAUUUUUCGAUCUAAGCCUUUUAAAAGACCCUAUGUAUUUGGUCAUACUUAUUUCAAAUUCGACAAAUGCCAUAAGCUACACAAAUUUUAUAAUUUUGCUGCCUAGUUUUGGAGAAGCUAGGGGGCUUAACAAAUCGUUAUCUGCGUAUCUACUUUCCGUUGUCUCUGCUACAGACCUAAUUGGACGUAUAGGAGGAUCAGCACUUUCAGACAUGGGAUACAUACCCAAGACUUGGUACUUUGUUGGCGGUCUGUCCAUAUAAGGUCUUUCCCUUGCGCUUUUGCCUUUCGCAUGGGCUUACAGCUCGGUAUGCUUCUGGUGUGCACUGUUUGGCCUAGCUUCCGGAAUCUACGUAGGAAUCACUGCCGUGAUUAUGGCAGACAUGCUUGGCACAGAACGAUUGACUUCAUCCUAUGGUAUCAGCCUUUUUGUCAAUGGUUUGCUGCAGUUGGUUGGGCCGCCGCUAUGUAACUACUGGUUUGAAGCAGUCAAUGAUUAUAAUCCUCUAUUCCAUGCCUUGGGUUUGACGCUAUUAGCUGGGGCCAGCCUUUGGAGCUUUAUGCCAUGGAUUAGUCGACGCAGAGCGAAAACGAUAAAACAACUAGAUGCAAAAGUCGAAGAAGACGCUGUCGAUAGCAACUAAACGGAAGAAAAACCUUUCGUGUUAAACGACGUACAAUAACAACUAGACUUUAAGCUUACAAUAGCGUAUUUACAAAUACAAAUAUAUGUGUGCAUGCGUUAAACGGCCAGGACCAUGAAACAACAUUAACGUUUUGGAAUUCAAUGAUUUAUAUUUCAGAUUAUUCGUAGUUAUUAUUACACUGAAUUUUAUAUAAUAAAAUUAUUGUUUGGUUAAUAUCAACCUUAAAUAGCCAGGCCUUAUAAAAACAAAAAAAAAAUAUAUACAUUUUUUAAUUA